CUAUUUUUGGACAUACAGGAGCUUCCAAGGAUGUAGGUGCCACAUUAACAAAGAUGGUUAUACGACACCGCAGUAUUGAACAGAAGCUUCGAGUUCUUUCUGGGUAUGGUAUUACAGACCAAUGUAAUAAAGACUAGUGUAGUACAGUUAUGGUUCAGUUCAUUUGCAGUGUUAUCAUGCAGAUGGUAGUGAACCUGCAGUUAUCUGAGAGAAAAGAUAAUGUUAAUUAUUUUUAUUAUGUGUAGUAAAAAAAGAAUUGAGGGAUGUAGGUUAAUUUUCUCCCAUCAGUGUCAAGCUAAAACCAAACUAUAUUUCUUCACCAUUGUGACAGAAUGGUUCACUGAAACAGCACGUGUAGUAUAACAUAAUAUUCACAAAAACAAUGAAAUAAUUUGCUGAUGAAUAUCUGUGAGCACAAGAUUACAUGCACUUAAGACAGACUUGUAGCAACAUGAAAUUCUGUUCUUCUUUGUUAGUUUGUUUGGUGACAGCCUUAUCGUUCCUCUGCAAGAAAAGAUUGAUGAAUGGAAAAAAUCUGUUAACCAUUUUGAUAAAGAAAACUCAAAAGGUUUGGCUAAUUUGUAAAUGGAGAAGAUUUGAAAGCACAUAGGUUCUUCCUGCUGUAGCUGUAUUAACCAACCAUUCUAGUAUCAAGCUUUUGCAUUAUUAAUUAACCUGUUGCAGUAUUAAACUAUUAAUUAACCAUACCAGCUGUUGCAGUAGUAACUAACCUUUCAGUAUCAACCAUUUUAAAAAGUAUGGUAUGUUCUUAUACUUUUUCUAUUUUUCUCGAUAUUUAGAAUACAAGCAAGCAAAACAAGAUUUAAAGAAAGUUGGUUCGGAAACAGUUCGGUUACGUAAAAAAGUGAACAAGAAAGGUUUGUGAAUAGCUUUAUUUUUCUGUGUAUACAGCCUAAAAUGUUCCCUCUGUGCUAAGUUGCAUCUAACUUUGUCUUGAACUUAAACUAAGUUUCAUUUUGUAGGAAAGUUUGGUCAGAAGGAGCGACUGGAGGCGGUCAUGAAGGUAACAAUGGAAACAAUGAAUUUCUUUUCUUGAAAAAAAAUUGUGCUCUUCUACAACUUGGUUAACCCCCUCCAUCUUCCAUCAUGAAUACGACACCACCAACAAUAUUAGCUUACAUGAGGUGGAAUAUUGACAGUUUCUUAAAUAUUUCAGAUGGCAAGUGCCCAGUUUGGUGUUUUUGAAGAACAUCAAAAACGUGCUUUGAGAAAAGUUUUGAUUGAAGAACGUUCACGUUAUUGCAUUCUAUUGAACUUGUUUCAACCAGUAGUGGUGAGUGGCAGUCUUUAUUCCAACCUCGUACCCAGGAUCUUUCUUUGGGAAAGACCCUGGCUGCGGCUGGUCACGUGCUUCAUCAAAAAUUUAGCGCCUGAGGGGGUGUGGGGAAAGUAUCAAAUUACAUCAACAUGCUUCCAGUGGGAUAUUCGUUAAAAACAUAGAUUUUGCGAAUUAUUACGUUCAAAAUCCUUGCUAAUUUUUGUUUAUUUUCUUUGCUUUGAAUUUACAAGAACAUUGUUACAUUCUUACUUACAGUCAAGUCAAGAAACCAAGCAAAUCGUUACUCGCAGUGCUCUCUCGUGUUGUUAUUCAAUGCAUGCUCUCUUCACACUCGAGCGCGGUUAUAACAAACCUUUGUUGUAAUGUUUUUAAAAUAGGUCAUUACAUUUGUCCUUUCUUGUAAACGUUGAUACGCUUUGCACCGAUUCACUUGUUAUUACGUGUCUUGUUUAUAAGAUUUUUAAAAGAAACAGUAUUGUCUAGGACUGGCCCAAAUAUUAGCAAAUGUAAACAUUUGAUAAUAGCCGAACAGAGAAAUGUCCAUAAGCAUAGAGGAAAUUUCAGUCAUUGAUUUAUCUGGAUUUACUACAUAAAUUCGUAUUCGGUAAUUAUAGUAAGACUUUAGCCUUUUUCUUGGUCUCUAUUAAUCAUUAUAUUGUGCUAAUAUACUAUAAUCUAUAUCACAAAUUUACAGUGUCAGAUGCGCACAGACCGUCAUUUGGCGUCAUACGAAUAGACAUAAAUUUUCGAGUUUUCUACUUCUACUAACAUUUUUAAAGUAUUCAUUGUGAAUCACCUGUUUAUCUCUAAUUCAUUAAUCAUUUGCUACUUAUAUUUAUUUGAUAGUGUCAAUGUCAUAUAGUGAAUAAUGCGUUUACACACAAGCAAUCCUGGAUAUGAUAUAGACGAUGCAAGCUGUCCAUUAAAAAAUAACGGUAUUCUAUUUCACAAAGCAAAAAUUUAAAUCUCACUUGUAUAUAUUAAGAAUGCAUAUAAAGCAAAAAAUUAAAGCUUAUUCAUGUCAAAACGAAAGCUGUUUACAAAAUUUAUAAAGGUGGUGAACACUACUAAACACUGCUCAUUGAAAGACAUGUAUAAUAUAGUGACAUAUAAUUUGCCGUUUGACUUAUCUUUGGUGUAUGAUUUUAAUACCGUAGAUUUUCAACAGACAGCUAUACUUUGACAUAUACCAUGAUCGUUGGAUUCAGCAAUGCCAAGGGCCAAUUUUAUAGUCUUUUGACGGGCUUUAAGUUUUUUGAUGAGGCCUUUAUAUAGAUCAACAAUCUGGAUACAGUUGGCGAUAUUUCGGAAAUCAAAAGAUCUCGCUAUUUCGUUGCAAUUCCACAUCUCAUCAAUAAAUAAAUUCUUUUGGUCCGAGUAUCAGGAUAAACUUUAAUACUAAAUAAAUAACAACCACACUGUUUGGUCUAGAGAUAUAUAUUUUCUUGCAGGUUUAAUCACAGUUUAAUAUUGCCACGCUGCACAAGCGGCAAGCGUGCUUUCUUUGGCAAGUCUAUAAUGAAAUCUGAUCCAACUUGCUUGAAUUGUAGCUCGACACCAGAUUAUAGAGUAGAACGUCACGACAUAAAUAUUAAUUCAAGAGUUCUCUUUAUAAUUACGAUUUCUUGUUGCAAAUUUACAGUAAAUUUCAUCACCCAAAGUUGCAAUUUUAAAACGCUACAAACACUCUCCUUUCCCACCCCUCUCACAGUUACAAUUAAAUUUACCUCCCAGAAUCUGGGAGGCACGUGACCAGCCGCAGCCAGGGUCUCUCCCAGAUGACAGACGGAGAGACCCUGGGAACGAGGUUGUCUUUAUUCUUGACUGAAAAGUGAUUUUUAAAUUUUAUACAGUUUCUGUGUUUUGCUCUGACUGAUUUAUGAUUUUUGAAGCCACCUCUGUAAAACGCCAACUAUGAUUUUUGAAGCCACCUCUGUUCAAAUUUUGAUGUUUGACAUUUGAAGUUUAAAUGCGAACGAAUGCACGCAGUUACGUAAUCGUAUUAUUUUGCUCAUACAAAUCAUUGCAGUAUUAUCCUGGUCAUACAAAUCAUUGCAGUAUUAUCUUGCUCAUACAAAUCAUUGCAGAUGCAACUUCUGUGAUCUCAGUAGGAAUUUUGCGUUGGUAAAUUCUACGUUUAGAAGGAUUUGUAAGAAAUUUUGAGCAAAUUGACUUAGUGUUAAACACGUCAGUUUCCGCAAAUAUUUUUUAUAUAUCCCUCAAAACUUAGAAUUUACCCAUGCAAAAUUCCUACUGUGAUCACAGAAACUUUGACAGUGUGAACCAGCAUUAAGACCUUCUAACAAGGUGUAUAUAGCUAAGGUUUCUUUUCUCAUUCCAAAAGGAACAAGAAGUAUCGUUACUAAGUGAUGCAGAAAAUUUAUCUGCGUUGUUGCAAGAAGCUGCAAGACAAUGCGAGAAGCCAAACAAUUUGCCCGACGCAGGCGAACACAUGAUUGAGGACUUCAAACUUUCUGAAAGUGGUUUCCUGGACGAACAGGUAAAAUACUAAAACUGUCUGUACCAGUGUAGGUAGUACCAAUGUGAAAAUGCUGUGCUGAGUGGUUAUAUUAGGAGGCCCUUCGUCAAGAGUUAGUAGUCUCUCGUAUGUAUGCACUUGUCACUUUCACCUUGCUUUCACCAGUCAACUCUAACUGGAGUGAGACGUGGAGCGAAUGCUCCUCCACAGGCCCUCGUUGUGUCAUGGGAAGGUCACGAUGUCGAGAGGGCCUGCGGAAUCUUGUAAAAUGAAUAAAUGUUGUUUUAAACCUGCUUCGUUAAAGAAGGCAGUUAUAUUCGUGCAACGUCGCUGUGGACAACAAACCUUAUCGUUAAAAAAUGCUUCCUUCCACGUCCUUAGAGUCGCCAUUUUAAUUUACAAGUUUCACGCCGCUUUUUAUAUCCUGUUUAUAUUCAAGAUUAUGUAUAAAUUUAUUUGCUGACGUGACGCCGGCGCCAUUUUUUUUACAAGAUUCUAUUAAUUGAAAUGAAUGUAACUAGAACACUAUCUUCAGAUAAACUGCCUAUCUUUUUCUUGAAGCCCCAGACACGCGUGUUUAUAUCAUGAUUGACUGAUUAAGCGCUCUUUGCAUGCGUGAAAAGACUGGGACUGGCUUCAAGUUUGGCUUCAAAUUUCCGGUUGGAGGUAGCGUUCCAGUUAUAUUCAGUUCAAUGGAGCUAUUCAACGUCAAUUCCGCCAUCUUGGUUUCACUUUUUGCAUGGGCCGAAUGACUGAAAUUCAUGCUCCAGAUAUACAGAGCUCACUGGCUUUCACUCGCAUACUAACAAUGGAAAAAUAAGGGAUGGCAUUUACUGUUCAUCUAGGGAGAACAGUUUUAGAACUGACAGAGUGAAAUUCUUAUUUUGUAGCUCACCCCACCAAGCAGUCCCAGCAAUCACCGUCGACAACAUUCCUACAGCGUGUCUUCAGGAGCAUCGUCACGCUCCAGUUCGCCCUCGUCACGCGUGGGUUCUCCAGAGAAAGGAACACUGACCCGCAGUAAGAGUAUGUCAGCGGCAUCCCACAGACCAGCGCCUCCGGUACGACGGUCCAGCGUGCUCAGUCCACAACGUGAGAAUUACAUGGAGAAACAUUUAGGAAUGUCUCGGCUUUCAAUCUCCUCGCAAGAUUCCGCUACCAAUCAAUCUUAUUAUUCAUCGAUGUCAUCCCUGGAUUCUCAAUCUGUUGAUUAUCUCCCCCCACCCCCUGCCCCAGUACUUCCACCUGCUCCCCCCAGCCCAAACCCCAGUGAAGUGAGUUUACCCCCACCCCCUUCCAUGGAAGAAAUAUUGCGAGGUUGGUAAUGAUUGGUUGGAAAUUUUACAUUUCACUGAACUACGUGCCAUCAAAUAUUUGUAUUACUGCAAGGGUCUGGGGGCACGGUCCCUAGUGGGUACAGGUAGGGUUGGGGGUAAGUGGGCUCCCAGGAAAAAUGGAAAAUUUUGAGACAUUGUGAGGGGCUGUCAAUUUUUUUGGUGGGUGCGUACGUGCCCUAGAAAUUCCGUCUAUGUUAACUAAGUCUAUGUUAACUAAUGGACAACUUGCAUGUUAGACUAAAUUUUAAUCUAAGCAGAGAAAAGGGAAUCAAACACCACAGCUAAAAAGAACAUACUGAAAUUAGUAAAAGUGCAAAAAUGGUAACAAAAAUGGUAACAAUUUCCGCACGUAAUACAAAUAUACUGAAAAUAUGCAAACUUUGCAAAGCUAUAUUUUCCAAGCUUUACAACAUUUCGCAACCAAAUUUUGCAAGUUUACUAAUCUUAAUACGUUCUUAACGGGAAUUUACUUUUUUUGGCCUAGAUCGGCUAGAUCAAAAAUAUGUCUAACAUGCAAGUUGUCUAUUGUCGUUUCAUCUCAUUUCCAGAGAGAGCUUGUCAGAAAUCAAGGACCGUAGACUCCGGCUUUUACUCAAGCAUGUCGUCAUCACUGGACAGAUCACCGUCAACAUCGCUGGCUCAAGUGCCGUAUGACGACAACGACAGUGGACACUAUGAAGCGGUAGUACCCUACGAGCCCGGUACCCCCGGAGACCCAGACGGAUACUAUGAAAACCCUCAGUACGUCUCCCCGCAUGUGAAGACAUAUCGCAGUAACAGUGAAUCAAUGACGUCACGUGUACACGGAGUUCACUUCCAAAAACGUAGUAUGAGUUACAACGAGGCUGAAAGGUUUGAUCGAAAUGACAUCGCAGUACAACAUUUGAGACGUGUUGCUUUUCAGGACCCAAGAGUUAAAUGUUUUGAUCUUAAGACGGAUUUAAGCGCACAAAUUGCGGCAAAUGCGGCAGAAGUCGCCGCGCAUUUUCAGCGCAAGGAUGACAAAGACGACUCGCCAGUUUCGCCAGGAAAAUGGCGACCCCCGGUGGCGAAAAAGAAUUACUUUUCCCCACCAACUUCUCCGAAUCACUCGCCGAAUUUCGAUCAAUUCUGGAGGCAAAUGGAAAAUCCUCGUCGAGGCGUGGAUAACGAGUUCUUAGAUGAUAAUUAUAAAGCACGUGAUCCUAGUACUGAAACGACUAAUAGUUUUUUAUCUCAGAUACAGCGACAGAGAUCUUCUAUGAAAUACGUGGCGAAGCAUCAAUAACCUUGAAGGUUGGCUAGGUUUGAACAACACCAUUCAAAUAUUGCCCUUACACGUUGGUUGUUAGGCGUAUGAUUCAAAUAUUGCCCUUACACUUUGGUUGUUAGGCGUAUACUGUUUUGACACGUUUCGGAUAUAUUAACUUUUUGGUCACGUCUCUGUCCUUAUUUCCACUGUCAGACUAUGAUGUUUAAUUGUUGGUUAGCGUUUGUAACUUCUCUCUGAAGUUUGGCUAACACUGUCGAAAUAAUCAGCACAUUUGGAAAAGAUGCUUGAUGUUCUUCGAACCUGAAUUUGUCUUUUUUUAAAGUUCUUCAAAAGUGUGUGAAAACAGUCGAAGAGUUGACCAUAUAUAACGAAAUGAUGUUGAAUAUGAAUUAUUGAACCACACAAAGUCAAAAUGAUUCCUUAGGAUGUAAAGUAUGUUGGAGAAAUUGAAAAUAUCAGAUAUACAAGAUUCUUCACGAUCAUAGUUUCCUUUGUGUUUUUUUCGUGAAUUAUUAUUAAUUAAUAAACAACUAAAACACAUCAGCAACUAAAGGAAUGCAUUUACACUUGCUUCGUAUAAAAUUAUCUUGCAUCCGAUGCAGUUUUUCAUUGUAAAUUUUAACUUUUCGUGAUCAGGUGUAUGCAAUUAAUAAAGUAAAAUCUGUUGCAAAUUGUUUUAUUGUAAAGUAGGAAAAUAUUGUAGCAUAGAUGUAAAAGUAUAAAUACAUAGUUUAUCCAUUACUUAAACGUUUGCUUUAUCUCUUCUCAAGUACUGUAGUAAGACAAUGCAACACAAUGGUCACAGAUUAAGUGUAUACUUAGCCCCAGUUACACGAUACCGGAUUCGCAUUGGAGCGACAUCAAAUUUUACUGCUUCGAGGUGAAUUUGGCACUUAAAAUUAUGAUAAUAUAACAUAAUUAAACAAAAACGUCGUAUAUGAAAAGUUGUAAUAGCAGACAAGAUGUCCGUUGUUUAUCAUUUGUAAAUGUAAGAAAAUCCUGA